AUGGCUUCUUCAGAAGGGACCGGAAUUUUCCCGGCCGUUAUUAAUGCUUCUUCGGCAUUGCCCUCUUCGGUACUGCCAUCCUCUGUAUCAUCCACGAAUCUAUCCGCUCCACGCGACUUGCUCUCGCUCCCGCUUCGCGGUCUCCAACGCGCAGAAUCCUUCGCCUUCUCCUUUAUCCCCGGACGCAUCGCAAGGCUAGUCGGUCUCAGGGAUAUGAGUACACACUUCUGGAGUACUCCCGGCGCGGGCCUAGAAAGAGAGGUGGUGGCGGCGACGACCCAAGCUGCUAGCGAGGCUGCGAGGGAGGCCGUAGCGGAGGCGGCGGCUCAACCUAGUACUCGGUUACAGUUCACGGAUCUUUUGCAAGGUGCCAUAAAGUUCAGCGGCUUCUUCUCCUAUCUGACUAGUCGGUGGUCACUCGCAUGUUUCACUGUGGCGCUCGUUCUGAACAGGAUCGCAAUAUAUGCUUCUACAAGGCGACAUUUACAUUUGGACUGGACAAGGCGAUUAGCCUUGCGCAUUAUUCCAAUUCUGCUUCUCAUUUCUCAGAUACACUCUCUUCUUCGUGCGGUCAAGUGCCAGACAUCGCCUGACUACCCCGAACUCCGGUAUGGCUCCCCCGGGAAGCGUUUGCAGUUUGAUUAUGCUGGGGGUGGAGGGUUCCUUUUCUCAUUAAGCUCGAACUUGCUUCCAUGGGAGACGGACCAGCAGUCAUGCAGUGCAAUGAAUAUGAACCGCGUCGGGACCGAUAUACCUUACGGCUCGUUCAGGCUACUGUGGCCGGUUUUUCUUCGACUUUGUUUGAGUCACUUUGUGGAGACUCUCUCAAGCUCCUUACAAGGAAGGCCUGUUGUAACAGAAGGGGGAAUGUCCAUAUUUGAACACUCGCUUUCAUUUGCCGAAGCAGAAUCCACUAUCAGCCAAUCUCUUGGCUUGGGACCAUUCAGCUCACCCAAGACGAAGACCAGCGGAGACGGAGACAGUGAUACUUCCCGGACACCCCUUCAGCUGAUGACCAAAUCACAAAUUUUGGACCGAAUGAAUGUCACCCCGGAGUUACUGCUAAUUGCUUUGAUUUCUUGCUGUCAUUGCCUCUCUUCGAAUGUGCUAGACGUUAUCGGAAAGCAAAGCAGAUACCGCUUAUUUAACACCACUUUUUGGGGCCUAUGUUUCAUGGCUGCCAUGACUUGGGGCCUCGCUUCCGGAUUGUCUCUUGGAGCUGACGAUUUGGCUCUAAAGUUUCCGACAGUCUGCGUGGUGGGUUUCGUGCCGCACCUUCUAAUCCUAUGCGGCAUCAUUGUUUGUGCGGCAAUCUAUUCACUUGCUCUUCUUAUAACUGCUUUCUCUUUACCUUCGGAUAUUCCCCAGCAAUUGUCUCUCUGGGAACGGUUCAGCCUUGCGCAUGAGAAUAUGCAGGGAUCCAACCAGGUUGGCAAUGUACGCAUCAAUCGACAUGAGGAUUUCUACAGUGCUCUCCUUAGGAUCGGUUACACCGCCCUAACUGCUGCCAGUGAAGCUGUCUUUCUCAACGAGGGACGAGGUGUCGUUGCGCGUAAUAUGACAUGGUUGGAGGAGGAUAGGUUGAUUGAAAUUGAAUCCUUGCGCCGGAGACGCUCAUCGCAGGUCACACCAGGUGGCCGGACCGACGACCUGCUUAUGGAGAGUGGAGAGCCUGUCACUUUUGAUAUCCAAGAGCCUUCACCGGACUGGGAAAGUGGCUACGGCCGAGAAAAGAAGAUCGAGAAGCCUAAGGGCAAGUCACGAACCUCACGAUACCAGAGUAACCCUGGCGGUGUCGGUGCCUUCCGCGGUCUUGUUCGAUGUUACCAAGGGAUGGCCUUUUUCCGCGCUAUUUUCUACCUCAUGUUCAAAUGGGUGGCCCUCGUUCUUGACAAAACUUUAACGCGAGUCGGAAUCACGGCUCGUCCUCAGUGGAUUAAGCGUAUUGUAGGGCCACGAGGGAAUGCUGCACAGGAUAAGUCGCAGAAGGCCAAUGGUGAAUCGCUGGAUUUCUGGAUGCUCACGGACGAAGGGGAGUUGGAGUUACCAGCUAACCACGAGUUCGACGUCGAGAAGGAGAUGAGGAAGAGGGAAUGGUUAAACACCGGUGAUUGGAACCCGCCCGAUGAACAGCGGCUAGACGAGAAGCUUUACAGUUGGUGGAAAGCAGGUGGCUCAUGGGGUGAUCAAGACCAAACCCCAGACUACGGCCUGUCCGAGGAUGAUUGGGAUGACACAACCAGUGUCGUAUCAACAACAACCGCUUCUGAUUCCGAAUGGGAGGAUGAAUCGGAUGGCCGGCGAACACCUACACAGACGGAUCCGUUCCCCGAUCAGUAUUCUAGGGAGGGUACCCCUGCACCCGAGUCGCUGAUGGACGUUGGUUCCUUUGCACGUCUUCUUGACCCGCGUGAUGAAGAAACCCGACGGGAAGCACGAAUUUUGGCAGCUCAUCUCAAUGCCGGACGAGAAGGACGAAUCCUUACACGACGCCAGUUCCAGGAGCAGGUUGAACGGCAGAGGGCACAAAUAUUGCUCAGUUCACACCAAUCACGUCUCGCAAUGACCGGCUCGCAUGAGGCAAGGCAAAAACCCAACGCGCGAGAGGAAUCCGAGAUUUUAGAGAAACUCAUCCUCACCAAGCGCUCCACAGCUUCCUCCGGCGUGCCGAACACCGAACAGACCUGGGAAACCGGCGCCUCGGGUUUAGGCGCCAGUGGACCGCCUUGUGUUGUCUGCCAGACUAACUCCCGCUCCAUCAUUGUCUGGCCUUGCCGAUGCCUUUGUAUAUGUGAGGAUUGCAGGGUAAGCUUGGCGAUGAAUAACUUUGGAAGCUGUGUGACCUGUCGACAGGAAGUUGGCGGGUUUGUACGUUUAUGGGUACCAUAG